GACUAUUCAUCAAUGUCUGAAGAAACUAUUUAUGCAAAUCUCAAAUUCCAGGACUCUGAUAAGAAAGAAAAUACCCAGAAGUCAAAAAGAUGUGGGAGAAAAGUACCUUCUUCUCCAUCCCAUUCACAGCAUAAAGCAGUCUUGAUUCUGACUCUUCUAUGCUUUCUGCUGCUCGUUGGACUGGGGGUCUUAGGAGGAUUGUUUUAUACAACUUUGGAGACAGAAAUGAUAAAAUCAAAUCAACUACAAACCAUCAAGGAAGAAAUUCAGAGAAAUGUUUCCCUACAGCAGAUGCACAAUCUCAACAGCAACCAGAAAAUCAGAAACCUCUCUGCCAUGCUGCAAACGACAGCCACCCAACUGUGUCACGAGCUGUAUAAAAAGGAACCAGAGCACAAAUGCAAACCUUGUCCAAAGGGUUCAAAAUGGUUCAAGGACAGCUGUUACUCUAAACUUGAUGGGUAUGGAACAUGGCAAAAAAGUGAAAUGCUUUGCUCGGCUCAGAAUGCCAGUCUGCUGAAGAUUAAGAACAGGAGUGAGCUGGAAUUUGUAAAGUCUGAGGGGUUAAAUGGUUAUUGGCUGGGGCUGUCACCCAGAAAGAAUUACAUAAGAUCCGAGAUACUGAAUGAGAACAUGUUCCUCUCUGUUGGGUUUGAAAGAAGCACAUAUGACUUACGUAAAAUGUACUGUGGAUAUAUAGAAGGAAUAUAUGUUCAUUAUACAUACUGCACUCUGGAGAAAAGUAUCAUAUGUGAGGAGACAGCCGGCAGUGUACAGGUGGAAAAUGUAUUGAAUGACCUUCCACAGGAAAGCGGGUAG